AUGAUUUUUAAUUAAAAGAGCUUCAUUAUGUCUCUCAUUUUAUACCUUCGUGUCUCUGCUAAUUGGAGAUUAAUAGAUUAUAGUUUUACAGAGGCUAAUGUUUAGGAAAAUAAUUGGAUUAUGUUUAGAAAUUGCCCCAAUGAUAUUUAAAUCUCAUUUAAAUCAAAAAGCUGUAGUUAAAAUCAACUGAAGUAUGUUCAGUUGACCAGAAAUUAGGAAUAUCUAUAAAAAUCUUUCAAACAUAGAAGCUUUUAAGUUUAAGUUGUUUUUGAUGUCUUCUUUAUUGAAGGAGACACCUCAAAUUCCAAAAUAACAUUUAUUUUUUCAAAUUCAGCUAAUGAAUAAACAUUUUACAGUAGAAUAUAUAAAAAAUAUGAUUUGACAUAAAAUAGUGAAGGCAUUUGUAAUAAUUCUUUUAACGAUUUUGAAUUUCUUACAAUAGAAAGUACAAUUACUAAUUAAUUGAAUUAAAAUUUUAUAAUUAAAAUUUGUUUUGAUCCUGAUGAUCCAGACAUGGAAAUAGGAAUUAGAAAUUUGUUAAUAUAUGUCAAAUACUGUCAUCCAACUUGUCUAACUUGCAAUGGUCCUUAAGAAACUGAUUGUUUAACAUGUUUUAACAGUUAAAGUUUAUAAAGUGGCUUAUGCCUAUGUAUUCCUGAGUAAUAAUUUUCUGAAACAAACAUAGGUUGCCUUUAAGAAUGCAAUAGAGAUUAUUCAAUUGCUCGUUAUGAUAAAAUUUGUGUUUAAGACAAUAGAAUUAAAUCAAAACUGUAAUUUUUUGUUAAUAAUGUUAUUCCAUUAUCAAAUUAAUAUAGAUAUGAACCUUUUAUUUUUUAAAAAGAUAUAUUUCAUCUUAAAAAUACUGAUUUAAUAUAUGAAAAUUGCAAUGGAAUUAGUUUUAUUGGUAAGUUGUAAUUUAGUGAAGGAAUGCUUUAUAAAAUGAAUUUAUAAAAGUCAGUCAAAUUUCUGCGAAUUCGUUUAACUUUUUAUUUGUUUGAUUUAUUAGAAUCAAGUAAAAUUGAAAUAUUUCAUGAUAAUCAAAUAUAAUCUAGAAUAAUAAAAACUGCAACAGAUUUUUAGUAUGAAAAUUUGAAUAAAAUUUUUGGAAAGAUUGAAACUUGUGAGAAUGUUUAUACUUUGUUAAGAAUAGAGAUGACUUUUUAGCUUUUCAAUUCUAAUCCAACAAUUAAAAUUUAAGGAUAACUUUAAGAAAUGAGUGAAUAUUGGGGAUUUAGAAAUAUUACUAUUGACACAGGAUUUUGUCAAUAGAAUUGUAUUACUUGUUUAGAUUAUUUCAAAUGUGCUGAAUGUGAAACAGGUUAUUAAUUAUAUAGAAAUCAAUGUGUCUAAUAAUGUCCUAUUCAUUCAUCUAAUUGUGUUGAUUAUGAAGACUUUAUUCAAUGUAAAUCUAUUAUAAUAUAAUUUUUUAGAUUCUAGAUACAUAGCGAAAGGAUUUUAUAAUUUAAAUAUGACUCUAGAAGAUAUAAAUUAAUAUUUUGAUACUUCUCCAGAUCCAUCAAAAAACUUUGCUACCAGUUAAAAAUUUUCAUUUUUAAAUAAUAAAAUAGUUUUAGGAGGUUUGUUGGUUUGGAAUGAUGGAUCUUAUAUUAAAACAUGGACAAUUUAAAAACCUCAUUAUGGGGUAUCAAUAUAUUUUAAUUUAACUUAUGGUGAUGGUUAUACUGGACAAUUUUAUUAUAAGGCAGGUUUAUCAAGUGAUGUUUACUCAGCACCUUUUAAUAAUCCUGGAGGUGGAUCAAAUUUGAUUGGACGUCCUAGUUUUGAAAGUAUUCGCUUCUUUGAGAUUCAUUUGAAUAAUUUUUAAAAUGAUAAUUUGUAUAUAGAAUUAAAAUGUUAGGCAAAUAUAGCAAAUAUUUUAUAAGGUUUUUGUGCUAUAUCAGAAUACUUCAUUAUUGUUCAUUAUGUAAUAUUUAAUAAUUAGAAUUUAGUGUCCUCCGUUUUGUUCAUAAUGUAUUAGUUCAAGUACAUGCACAACAUGGGAGCCAGGUCAUUCUAGUUCUAGUUGUUUAAGUAGUUAAUAUUUAAAUUUUGAUCAAUAAACAGAAACUUAUAGUUGCAAUAAUUGUAUUUAGAUUGGUUGUAAUAUUUGUAUGGGUACAGAAGAAUGUACUGAAUGCAUAAGUGAUGAAUUUGAAUUAACUAAUGGAAUAUGUUUGUGCAAACCAUUUACUUAUUUAUAAGGAAAUGUUUGUAUUAAGUGCAAUAGAUAUUGUGAAAACUGUUAUGGUAUUUCUUAAUAAAAUUGUCUAACAUGUAUUCAAGAAUUUCAUAGAAACAUUUAGUAAAAUGAAUGCUUAUGUAACCCUGGAUAUUAAAAUGAUGGAAUUAAUUUACCAUGUAUUCCUAUAUGUGGAGAUUAAAUAAUUGUUGAUGAAGAAGAUUGUGAUGAUGGUAACAAUAACCCAUUUGAUGGAUGUCACUAAUGUUAAUUUAAAUGUUAAGAAGAAUGCAAUAUUUGUCUUUAUGGUAAAUGUUAUCAAUGCAAAGACAAUUAUAAUUUAGUUCAAGAAAUUAAUAAAUGUAUUCCAAUAUGUGGUGAUUUAGUAAUAGUUAAAAAUGAAGAGUGUGAUGAUGGUAAUGAUAAUGCUUUUGAUGGAUGUUAUCAUUGUAAAUUAUAAUGUUAUGAUCAUUGUAUUUAAUGUAACUAAGGAAUUUGUGAAAAAUGUGAUGAAAUAAAUGGUUGGUAUUUAACAAAUGCUAAUUGUUAAUCUAUAUGUGGAGAUGGAAUUAUUGUUAAGGGAUAAGAACAAUGUGAUGAUUCUAAUUUUAACCCUUUUGAUUUAUGCCAUAUGUGUGAAUAAGAAUGUUAAUAAAAUUGUAUAUAAUGUUAAAAUGGAUAUUGUCUUUAAUGCGAAAUGGGCUUUUAAUAUCUCAAAUAAACUAGAAAAUGUAUUCAAAUUUGUGGUGAUAGUAUAAUUGUGGGAAAUGAAUAAUGUGAAGAUUAGAUGAUAGAAGGUUUAACAUAAUGUUCGGAUUGUUAAUUUAAAUGUAAUGAAAAAUGUACUUAUUGUAAUUUUGGUAAAUGUUAAAAAUGUAAAGUUGGGUAUAUAUUAGUGAAUAAUGAAUGCGAAUAAGUUUGUGGGGAUGGAUAUGUUGCUGAAACUGAAGUUUGUGAUACAUUAGUUUAAGAUAUCAAUUCUAAUUGCUAUAAUUGUAAUUAUAAUUGUCAAAAAGGUUGUUUAAUUUGUAAUUAAGGUAUUUGUGAAAAUUGUAUAGUUGGAUAUAUUUUAGAACAAUUUUAAUGUAAACCAAUUUGUGGAGACCAAUUAAUUGUUGAUUUAGAAUAAUGUGAUGAUGGUAAUUUAAUACCUUAUGAUGGAUGCCAUAAUUGCAACUAUUCUUGUGAAAUUGCAUGCAAAGUUUGCUAAUUUGGGUAUUGUAUAGAAAUGGAUGAAUAAGAUAUAAUAGAUGAAGAUAAUGAAGAUAAUGAAGAUAAUGAAGAAAUAGAAGACGAUGAAAAUUAAGAUUCUUAUUCAACAAGUUUUGAUUGUAUUAUUCCAGACUGUAAAAUUUGUGAAAAUAACAAUAUUUGUUUGGAUUGUGGUUAAUAUUUUCAAUUAAUCAAUACCUAAUGUGUACCUAUAUGUGGAGAUGGUAUUAUUAUAGAGGGAUUAGAAGAAUGUGAUGAUGGUAAUGAUGUAUCAAAUGAUGGAUGUUUUAAAUGUUAAUUUUAAUGUUCUCAAGGUUGUGUUGAAUGUCAAUAAAAUUAAUGUAAGAAAUGUGAUAAUGAAUUAUAUAUCUUGGAUUUUUAAACAGCUUAAUGCUUGUAAAAAAACUAUGAUUAAAAUGAUAAUAUUGAUUCACAAAUCACAGAAUUUAAGUUAUAUUCAAAUUUCAGAUGUGGAGAAAAUCAAUUACUUCUUGAUAAUUUAUGUUUAAAUUAGUGUGGAAAUGGAAUUUUGGCUAAUAAAUAUGAAGAAUGUGAUGAUGGAAACAAUUUCGGAGGAGAUGGAUGCUCUUCUUUUUGUAAUAUUGAAAAUUCCUAUAAGUGCCUAAAUUAAGAAGGCUCAUUAAGUUUAUGCACAUUUAUGAAGGCUCCACAGUUCAUUCUCAAUAUUUUAUCAGAUAAAAUAAAUUCAACCUAAAUAUUAGAAUUAACUUUCACAUAACAAGUUAAAUUAGGGACAGAUUUAAAGUUUGAGGAAUUUGUGUUUUUUACAUUUACUUCUAAAACUCAAUAUUAACUAACAAUUAAUUACAUUUAAAACAUUACACUUUAUUUGAGUAGUCCUAAAUAUUAAAUUAUAAUUGAAUUUAUUGAACCUAUAAUAGAUCCUAUUCUAGAAGUUAAUAUAGAAAAAUCUAUAAUAUAGAAUUAAUUUGAAUAAGAUUUAUAGGAUCAUUAGUAGAUUAUUCAUCUUGGCACUCCUUUUGUGCUACCUGAAACAACAUAAAAAUCAUUAACCUCCAUCGUUUAAAUUAAUGAUGUUAUGAUGUAUUCUAUGGUUAGUGUAUCAGGUUUGGCUUUACUAACUGGAAAUGCUAUUAUGUUCUUUAAUCUAUUAGAUUUAUUAUAGUCCUUAUCUUAUAUAAAAUAUAUGCAAUUUCAAUUUCCACCACAUUUAACAGAAUUUCUAAAUACUUACACUAAAGUUUCAUUACAGCCAAUUAUGAAUUAUUUUUAGGUAGAUUAAUUAUUGACAGAUUUAAAUGGAGGAACUCUUCCAUAUCAAAUCAGCAAUAAAUCACGAGAAAAAUCUACAGCAAAUGCUUUAAAUUAGAUUUACUUAAUCAAUGCAAAAAGUUGCUAUUUUUCUGUCUUUGUAUCUGUAAUCACUUAUCUAAUUUAUAGUACAUUAGUAUCUAAAACUGUGUAAAAAAUAGUAUUCAAACUAGAGAAUAAAGGUAAACGAAAUUCUAAAAUCCUAAGACUUAUAAAUUUUUUUUAAAUCAAGAUUCAGAAAAAGUGCUUAAAGUUGAAAUUUGA